GCGGUAUUUUUUUAUUUUGUCAAUUUUUUUUUUCGCAAAUCCGACUUUCUUUUCGCCUUCAUCGUUCUCUGCCCGCUUUUCCUGCUGAGUACAAUUCAGCAACAACCAACAAUGACGGCACUCUUGCCGUUGCGUCGUCGCCCGGCGACCAGCCUGCCGCCGUCGCCGUCGCUGCUGCUGCUGCUCCUGCCAAUCCUGGCGACUGUCGCUGUUGCAACGGAAAAUGAAUACUUUUCCACGUCCGACAUUUACAAGCUCUACCCCGUCACAUCGGCGACGGUCAGCAUCCCCGCCGACAAGCCGACUGUGUUUGCUCGCCGUGCCGUCUGGGACUUUGUUGUCGCGCCCACGCAGAUGGAACGCCGUGCGCGACGAUCUGCCAGCCUGGAUUUGGCGGAAUCGCUGGAACGCCUGCAACCGCAUGACCCCUUCCCCGAUCACAUUGAGGUGUCCUUCGUCGCGGCCGACGGCUCGGCUGAGACUGCAAGUGUGCAGCUCUUCCGCGAGUUUUUCACCGAGGACGCGCGCAUCUUUACGUCCGUGGUUGUCAACGGCACCACGCACGUUGAGGAGCACGUCCCUGUGCUGCGCGCCUUCCGAGGCGAGACCACUGCAGGCUUCCCGGUCUCGGUUGUUUUGCACGACGAAGAGGGCAUGUUUCACAUGGUUGUCUUCGAUCCAGCAGGCCACUACACCAUUGAGCCGGCGGCUCGCCACCUCGACAAGGUUGCCGAACACCAGCAUCGACGCAACCUGCAAGCCGCCACUGCUGCCACGGGCCUCGUCUUGUUCCACGGCGCUGACUCUGUCUUUGACUUGCUGAGCGGCGUUGUCAAUCACGAGGAUGUCCGCCGUGCGUGGUUGCCCACUUCUCAAAAAACGCCAAAGUCCAUCGUCCUGCCCCUGAACAACAACAACAACAACAACAACGAUGAUGCUGAUGCGCGACGCACUGUUUCCAAGUGGACGAGCUGCUUCCCUGGUGGAGAUACCAACAUGUACGCCAUCAGUGCAGCGUUUGCAGUCGACACGGGCUACUACCGCUGGCUGGGCUCCAGCACGGCAAAUGUGCAGCUGAGCGUGAUUGAGAUCAUGACCCCGGCCAACGUCCUGUACAACACUCAGGUGAACGUUUAUAUCCGCACCUCCACCAUCGACAUUCGCACAGCGUUGGACUCGGACACGUGGAAUCAAAUCCCUUCGACCCCGGGCCAGCGCACGUGCUUGGUGGACAUUGACGGCACAGGCCCGGUGCUGACUUCGUUCGCCACCUGGCGCAAGGCGAAGCCUGCCACCCAAACGAAUGGCAUUUAUCAUUUGCUGACCAACUGCUUCCCGCCAGCGGGAACGGUGGGGUUGGCGUCAGUGGGUGUCCUCUGCGAUCGUCGAUAUGCUGGCGUCUCGUCCUGGUCGUCCUCGGUCUGGAUCACUGUUGCGCAUGAGAUGGGUCACAAUUUCGGUGCGCAGCAUACCUUUGGCUAUGGCGGUCUGAUGGACUAUACUGAUGGCAAGUACUUGGGUGAAUACCAGUUCUAUUCUCCUCUGAACAAGGCGCAAGUCUGCACUGGAAUCAGCAAUUCUAUGGGCGCCAACUAUCCAUCGGGUGCAACGACGUACCUCGUGCCCACCUGCUGGAGCGUUAUGGGACCGAUUUGCGGCAAUGGCCUCGUCGAGCCAGGCGAGGACUGCGAUGACACGACCACCUGUUGCAGCAAUUGCAAGUUCUCCGAUCCGAGCUACGAGUGCUCGCUCGGCGCGUGCUGCUCGUCGUGCAAGUUUGUAUCGACCUCGACCCUUUGCCUGAAUGGGUAUGGUCAGUGCGCCAACGGCCACUGCAUCAGCGUUGCUGGCGGCUGCGCCGGCUACAGCAACGUUCAAAUCUGCCCCACUGCACCCGUGACGGCAUCCAAUCCAUGUGCGCUCAACUGCCAGUUUGUUGGCUCAAGCUCUUGCGCCAGUGCCCAGUCCAUGCUUGAUACAGUCAUCACUGUCGCCAGCUUGCCGAUUGGAACGGUGUGCUCCCAUUCUCCGCUGAGUACAUGCCAAAACUACAGUGGAACGGUUUCGUGUCGUCCCGCCGUGGCCGGAUGUGGCAAUGGCGUGAUUGAACCCGGAGAGACGUGCGACGACACCUCAGCAUGCUGCAACAACUGCCAGCUGGUCGCCGGAGCCGAGUGCUCUGGAGGCCAAUGCUGCCUUUCAACGUGCAAAUAUGCGCUUCCCGCAACCGGCUGCGCUACGGAUGCUGGUGCCGGCACCGGCUAUUGCUCGAAUGGUCAGUGUCUGACCUCUGGCUGCGAAAAGUACAGCAACACGGCCCACUGCGGCUCCAACCCGUCCAACCUCUGCGAAGAGUUUUGCUCGUACUCUGGGUCUGGCUGUGCAUCUCUCAAUUAUGCCUACUUUGCCGCUGGCACCAUUUGCAAUCGCUCCCCGUACAGCACAUGCGUCGUCUCGGGAGGCAAGGCAACCUGCGUCGCCACCACACAGCCUACCGUCUACACCUGGAGCUCUGGCUCUUGGUCUGCUUGUUCCCCGUCGUGCGGCGCCGGCACCCAGACCCGCACCGUCACGUGCGUCAACAGUGCGAGCACAACCGUUUCCGAUUCGCUCUGCACCGGUACAAAGCCAGCCACCUCACAGUCCUGCAACAACGGUGCAUGUGGCUCGUAUGCUUGGCAACAGUCUGGAUUCGGCGCUUGCUCUGUGCCUUGCGGCUCUGGCACGCAGACUCAAACUGUUCAGUGCGUCAAUACUGCUUCCGGCAACGCCGUUGUGGCUGACUCCUUCUGCACUGGCACCAAGCCAAGCACAUCUCAAUCAUGCUCGUCGACUGCGUGCGGUUGGUACACUGGCUCGUUUGGCACAUGCUCUCCUUCUUGUGGCGCUGGCACCCAAACCCGCACUGUCGAGUGCCGAACCAAUGCAGGCAACGGCGUUGCCGCUUCGUCCACGUACUGCACUGGCACUCAACCUGCUACUUCACAAUCUUGCAACAAUGGCGCCUGCCCUGCCUACGCUUGGCAACAGUCUGGAUUCGGCGCUUGCUCUGUGCCCUGCGGCUCUGGCACGCAAACCCAGACCGUUCAAUGCGUCAACACCGCUGCUAGCAACGCUGUUGUUGCCGAUUCUCUCUGCACUGGCACCAAGCCAAGCACGUCACAAUCCUGCUCGUCGACUGCGUGCGGUUGGUUUACUGGUUCGUUUGGCGCAUGCUCUCCGUCUUGCGGCGCUGGCACCCAAACUCGCACUGUCGAGUGCCGAACCAAUGCAGGCAACGGUGUGGCUGCCUCAUCGACUUAUUGCACUGGCACUCAACCGGCUACCUCACAGUCUUGCAACAACGGCGCCUGCCCUGUCUACUCUUGGCAGCAAUCUGGAUUUGGCGCGUGCUCUGUGCCCUGCGGCUCUGGAACACAAACUCAAACCGUUCAGUGCGUCAACACCGCUGCUAGCAACGCUGUUGUGGCCGAUUCCCUCUGCACCGGCACCAAGCCGAGCACAUCUCAAUCCUGCUCGUCGACUGCGUGUGGCUGGUUUACUGGUUCGUUCGGUGCAUGCUCUCCUUCUUGUGGCGCUGGCACCCAAACCCGCACUGUCGAAUGCCGAACGAACGCUGGCAACGGCGUUGCCGCUUCGUCCACGUACUGCACUGAUACCCAGCCAGCCGCUUCGCAAUCUUGCAACAACGGUGCAUGCGGUAGCUACGUUUGGCAACAAUCUGGAUUCGGCGCUUGCUCUGUGCCCUGCGGCUCGGGAACGCAAACUCAAACUGUUCAAUGCGUCAACACCGCUGCUAGCAACGCUGUUGUUGCCGAUUCCCUGUGCACUGGCACCAAGCCAAGUACCUCUCAAUCCUGCUCGUCGACUGCGUGUGGCUGGUUUACUGGUUCGUUCGGUGCAUGCUCUCCUUCUUGUGGCGCUGGCACCCAAACCCGCACUGUCGAAUGCCGAACGAACGCUGGCAACGGCGUUGCCGCUUCGUCCACGUAUUGCACUGGCACUCAGCCUGCUACUUCACAGUCUUGCAACAAUGGCGCCUGCCCCGUCUACGCUUGGAAACAAUCUGGAUUUGGCGCUUGCUCGGUGCCCUGCGGCUCUGGCACGCAGACUCAGACCGUCCAAUGCGUCAACACUGCCGCUGGCGACGCGAUCGUGUCUGAUUCUCUCUGCACUGGCACCAAGCCAAGCGCUUCUCAAUCGUGCUCCUCGACUGUUUGCGGCUGGUAUGCAGGCACGUUCGGUGUUUGCUCUGUGACUUGCAGCGGCACUGGCACCCAAACGCGCACGGUCGAGUGUCGCACAAACGGCGGCAAUGGAGCGACGGUUGCAGACACGUAUUGCUCUGGAACCCAACCCGCUAGCUCGCAGUCAUGCAACAAUGGAGCUUGCCCAACGUAUGCUUGGCAGCAGUCUGGUUUUGGAGCCUGCUCACCAUCUUGCGGAGCCGGCACACAGACCCAAACCGUUCAAUGCGUCAACACUGCUGCCGCCAACGCUGUCGUGUCAGAUUCCCUCUGCACUGGCACCAAGCCCAGCACUUCUCAGGCUUGUAAUAACGGCGUGUGCCCCUCGUACUCGUGGCAGCAGUCUGGAUUUGGUGGCUGCACGCAACCCUGCGGCGGAGGAACGCAAUCUCAAACCGUGCAGUGCGUGAACACUGCUGCUGGAAAUGCAGUCGUGGCCGAUAGCUUGUGCACCGGCACAAAGCCGGCGACCUCUCAAUCCUGCAACACUGGCGCUUGCCCCAGCUACUCGUGGCAGCAGUCUGGCUUUGGUGCUUGCUCUGCCUCUUGCGGAACCGGUACUCAGACCCAAACCGUGCAGUGCGUCAAUACUGCCAGCGGCAACACUGUUGUUGCCGACUCGCUUUGCAGCGGCACAAAGCCCGCCUCGUCGCGAAAUUGCAACACGCACGUUUGCCCACCCGCCAUCGAUUGCUCCUGCACUGCUUGGUCUGUGUUUGCCCCUUGCUCGGUGUCCUGCGGCUCUGGCGUUCAAAAGAGCUACCGCACCUGCACGGAAGCUCGGGAUGGAGGUCGCACGUGCGCCCAGCUCGGCCUGACCAGCACGGUUCGUCAACAGGCGUGCAACACUCAGGCUUGUCCAGUUGAUUGCUCGUGUGGCGCGUGGACUGGACCGACCGCUUGCUCUGCCACGUGCGGUGGCGGCAAGCAGACCUACACUCGCACCUGUACCGAAGCCUCGGCUGGCGGCCUGACCUGUGCUGCCAUGGGCCUGAAGACAACCCGUCAAGUCACAUGCAACAGUGGUUCUUGCCCCACCCCGGCCAACCGCGACUGUUCGUGCUCUGCUUGGUCGUCGUGGAGCACAUGCUCGCGCAACUGUGGCACCGGAGCUCAGUUCCGCACUCGCACCUGCAGCGCGGCGGUCGGCAGCGGCCAGACUUGCGCUGCUCUUGGCUUGACUUCGACGUCGGAGUAUCGCUCGUGCAAUUCGUUUGUGUGCGCGCUGCCGACCAAGUAUAUGGUUGCGCUCUUUUCCUUUGAUGGCUCUGGUCCCUCGUUUACCGACUCUCAGGGCAACGUUUUCUCCUGGUCGUCCGCUUUGACUCGUCGCGACACGUCCACGACUGUCCCUGCGAUUCGUGGAAAUGCAGCCGAAUUUGGUGGUAGCGCCAGCAUGGCCUUGACAUCCGGGCCGCGCCUGUACGAGGUGACCCUGUCUGCCUUCAUUCAGCCCUCUGCCAUGGCCUCGGGCACCGCGUUCAUCCGUGCACCCAAUGCCGGCACCACCAAUUUCUUUGUGAGCUUCCGCACGAACGGCGGCCGUGUGACGCCGUUUGUCAACGUCGGAUCGACAACUCUGGCCGCCACUCUGUCCAGCAGCAUUCCGACGACGUCGUGGAGCCACAUUGCGGUGACGCUGAACGCCGAUGGCGCGCUGACCGUUUACCUGAACGGCACACAGGUGGCCGCGCGCACCGGCGCAACCAUUCCGACCACGUCGAUUGCGCCUGGCAACUGGGAAAUCGCUUGCUUUGAUGCCGAGACCAACUGCUACUCUGGCGCCAUGGACGAGCUGUCCGUGUGGAAUGCGGCGCUCUCUGCAGAAGAGGUUGCCGAGCUGUACAACCGCUACUUCUCUGGCUUGAGCUCGACGUCGGAUCGCGGUUCUCCUGCACCAGCCAGCGGCUCGGAUGGCGGCUCAUCCAUCGUUCCGGUGAUUGUCGGCGUGGUCAUCGGCUUGCUUGUUGUUUUGAUCAUUGUCAUUGUGUUGGUGCGUCGCCAUCGUCGCAAUGCCAACUACAACCACGUCAAGAAGAUGGCUCGUCGGAACAGUGUCGAUUCCAACGACCCGCUCACUCGUGACAAGUCUACGGCCUCCUUGGACACGCAGACACCGGCCAUGAUCACCAAUGCUCGCGCCAACAAGCAUCAAUCACUGGCCACCAUGGCCGUGACUGCCAAUCCUCUCCUUUCAGCAUCAGCAGCGGCAGCCCCUGCUCCGGCCAAGAAGCCUGGUCGCCUCGGUCAAAUGACGUUUGGUCGCCGGAGCGCAGCGUCCAAUGCUGCCGCAGCCGGUGCAGCUGACAACGCGGUUGAGCAGCCUGAGGUCGGCGCCCUGUUCCGUGCUCAGUAUGCGUACCAGCCCCAUCAAUCGGAUGAGCUUGAACUGGCCAUUGGCGACGUUAUUCACGUUACUUCGCAAUCGGAUGAUGGCUGGAUGCUGGGCAAGAACAACCGUACCAAGAAGCAUGGUGUGUGCCCUGGCAACUAUCUCGUUCGAAUGGACGCGAAUGACACGACCGCCAUUCCCACUGGCACCUUGUCUGUAGCUGCCGCGAAGGCAGCGGAAGCGGCUUCGUCCUCGCCUGCCAAGGCGCCCAAGCCCGCCAAGGUUCCUCGUCCGACUGUUUCCGAGACUGCCAAUCCGGUCUUCUCCCACACCGAAAAUGACACUCCCUCGCCCAAACCCACUCCCCCUGCCAAGCCGUCCACGCUGCCUCCGAAGCUCGGGUCUAGCUACAAGCAGUUGGGCUCGUCCGACUCACUGUUGAACGAGAGCACAACCCCGCCCUCAAAACCCGCCCCGCUUGCUCCUAGCUCAACACUCAAGCCAACUCCCCCACCUGGCAAGCCUGCGCCUCCUGCUGGCAAGCCUGCGCCUCCUGCUGGCAAGCCCACUCCUCCGGAAAAGCCCUCUCUUCCUGCUGGCAAGCCAAUGCUGCCUCCUGUAAAGCCUGCCCCUCCUGCUCCCAAGUCGUCUUCGAAUGUGUAA